AUGCCGCCCGACUCGAACAAACUACGCAUCUCUAGUGCGUGCUUCGAGAGUCUCGCAAAGCAUUUAAUGCUACCCGCGGCCUUCAUAUUUUCCCUCACCCGUCACUACCUGCCAAAUGGGCGAGGAUCUCGCAGGUUACAACUCGCUGAGUCAACUGCCUUUGACUUCUGGUAUUUCCUACCGGUUCGGGUGCAAGUCAAAACAGGAGCUUCCGGUCCGGCCGGAGACGACCAGAACUCGACCCAAAUGAACCCUUUCCACAAACUGCAGUUGCCUGACGUACAACUAGACAUCCAUCGCUCAUGUGUUGGCAUCUUCUCUCGUGUCGACCCUAACUCUAAACGUUUCACCUUUGUGGCCCUCGACUUUAUGGAUGGCCGUUGGCCCGGGGUCGCCCUCGAACCCAAGGAGCGUAUUACUGAGGUGUUUAAGAGGCGGGCCAAGGCCGAGAGCCAAUUUGGGGGGUAUUACUGUGUGCAUCUUGUCUAUCUGAGUAGUGCCGCCCGCUGGUGGACCAAUUCACUCAAUAGCGUCAACGAGCAGCUCAUUGCCUAUGAGCAGAAACUGCAGAUUGAGCUGGACAGCGAAGACACAACGCCGGAGCCUGUACUGACCGGACUGAGCAGGGCGUUGCACUCUAUCGCAGCGCACCUGCAGCGCUAUCUGUCGGAACUGAAGUCGCUGCAAGCAAUCGUGAUAGAGUUGUCGACGGAUUAUAGCACGGUUCACGAGAGAGAGAUCUCGACCGGCGCUGUCGGAGACUUUGAGCAGGCCGCUCGCGGCUACAACCAGGUCCUCUCACAGGUAGAGGCGGCGCACGAGUUUGCAGUAGAGCUCGAGAAGAAGACCCAGAAUAUCCUAGCUCUACUCUUCAACCGCAUCCAGAUCAACAGCGACAGACUACUGGUUGCCAAUGGGCAGGCCAUGCAAGCUAUUCUUAAAGCUAUGCAAGAAGAUGCCAUCCUCGGACGCAAGAUGGCCAAAGAAUCACACACCCUUGCACAGGAGAUGAAGAAGGAUAGCGUUGCGAUGAAGACAAUUGCCAUCGUCACCAUGUUCUUCCUUCCCGGAGCCACCUUUGCUGCACUCUUGUCGAUGCCGUUCUUCGACGACGAGGAGUGGAUGGGCCACGCAUCGCGAUUCUGGAUAUGGGCCGUGUUCUCAGUACCGACAACUGCCGCUUGCUUUGUCUUCUACAGAUUAUGGCGGAAGCGAGCGUUGAAACCGGAGUACAAAGAGGAAGAUGGAAUCCCUCUCGAAAGUCCGACAACGCCUUCAAGUCAGGGUGGCCGUAAGUUAAGAGGGCCGUAG